CACCCUCAGUCUUCUCUCUGGUCUUACGAAAAACGGCAGCGUGGCGACUUUCAGUUUUCUCUCUGUUUGUACUAUGUCUAAUGUUAUGGAAUUUUCUUCUUGCUUACAUCAAAGUCCAAAAUCUGACAAGAGCGAUGAAGAACGAUCAAAAGUUAAACGACAAAACAGUGGUUCUGCUUCUGAAUCAGAUACAGAAAGAACUGUUAAACGAAUUAAAACGAUAAUAAACUCAGAUUCUGAAAACGAGACGGCAGAUAAAGAGAACAGCGUUGCUCCAACCGCGGACGCAUUAUUCGGUGAUGCAAGUGACAUUAGUACGGACGACGAGAAGGACAAGAAGGAAGAAGAGAAAGAGAAUGAACGGAGCCGUAGUCGGAGUAGGAGUAGAAGCAAAAGUCGUAGCAGAAGUAGAAGUAGCAGUAGCAGCAGCAGUAGAAGUCAUAGUCGUGGCAGAUCCGACAGCGGUGGGGAAGGUCCGAGUCAUCGCGCCAUCAUCGAAGAUGAAAAAGAUAAAGACAAAGAAGAAGAACCAGAACUGCCUCCAGAAACUAGAAUCGAUGUAGAAAUUCCGAAAAUUACUACUGAUCUUGGACGUGAAAUUCACUUUGUAAAGUUGCCGAAUUUCUUGUCCGUUGAAACAAGGCCGUUUGAUCACGACAUCUAUGAGGAUGAAAUCGACGAGGAAGAAACUCUGGACGAGGAAGGACGAGCGCGAUUGAAGCUCAAAGUUGAAAAUACAUUGAGAUGGAAAGAAACGUUUAACGACGAUGGCAAAGUAGUGAAAGAGAGCAAUGCGAGAUUCAUCAAGUGGUCGGACGGUAGCAUGUCGUUGCAUCUGGGUUCGGAAAUCUUCGACGUAUACAAACAGCCUUUACAAGGCGAUCAUAACCAUCUUUACAUUCGCCAAGGUACCGGUUUACAAGGCCAAGCGGUGUUUAGAACAAAAUUAACUUUCCGACCGCACUCUACCGAAUCAUUCACGCACAGGAAGAUGACUAUGUCUCUAGCUGAUAGAUCGCAAAAGACUUCUGGCAUCAAAGUUCUUUCUCAAGUGGGAAUGAAUCCAGAUCAGAACAGAUAUGAGAUGAUAAAGAAAGAAGAGGAAAAACUACAUAUGGCUACACGAGUCCAAAACAAAACGAAGAAGAGUACUAGUGGUAUCAGGAAUGCUAACCGUACUGUAGGAGCAUAUGGUGGCAACGCUUAUCAUGAUAAUGCUUCUGAUGAUGAGGGUGCAAUUUCAUUGGCAGCCAUAAAAAAUAAGUAUAAAAAGGGAAUCGCAGCAAUUCCUUCUAAAGAUUGGAAUUCAUGCCUAUACAAUCAUAAUGAACACAUCUCUGGCUGGUAGAACAAUUCCGUCCACACAUACCUCUCUUAGAGGUAAAAGAAAACGCACUUUAUUGGAAGAAAGUGAAGAACGCAGCAAUAGUGAUUACAGCAUUACAAACACUGCUAAGGGUGAUGUAGAAUUUGUAGAAGUGGAUCUCCAAGGACAAAUUGUGGAACUCACCACCCAUACAGCAUGAAAUAUUUUUAAAGUAUUUUAAAAAUAUUUUUUAGGAAGUUUAAAAUAAUUCACGAAAA